AUGGGGCGCGAUUCGGCUUUAUUUAGGCACCUAUCUCAGGUUGAUUUCGAGGAAAUCCGGCUGAAGGGUACGUCCGAGGCAAAGGAGGUUAUUGACCGGAGCCCAAAUAAUACCGGUCCUGACACCAAUCCUGAGACCACCGAAGGUGGUGAAGAGGAUGGUGAAGAAGCCGGUGAUGAAGGCGGCGACAAAGAGAAGGAGGAGGCCGAAGAAGUAGAGGCCGAUAGGAUAUCUCUGAAACUCCUUCAGGGCGUCAAAAAGCGAGCCGAGUCAAUUGAGGAGUUAUACCUGGAAUGGCACGAGCACCGGUUCGGCACACCGUAUAGGGAAAUCCUACCGGGCCACACAGACGUGGAAUGUAUCCAAAGACUAGAGGAAGUGGAGGACUUGAUCAUGAAUCUCACAAACUCCAACACACUUCAAGAGGUAUUACACCGAACCUGCCUCUUAAAACCUAAGGUCCAACUACGGAAGCUAACCACACGCAUCCGGAAAAUUACGGAGGAGUUCAAGGCGGUGGGACCGGAAGACACCUUAACACCGCGGGGGUUAGAAAGGCUUGAAAAAGCCAAAGGUGACCUUAUUCAAGAAAUUGGCCGGCUAGAAGCAAUAUGCAGACAAAGAAAAAUACCGGUCUACACUGCUCCCCGGAUCGAAACAAGUCCGGAUCACUAUACAACACCUCCAAGGGAGAAUGCGGCAUCAAAAGAAUCCGAUGAAAGAGUGGAUUCUAAACCCACCGGGCAAUCCCCUCCUUCACAACCGGAAGUCUCCGCAUCAGACUUCACAAAGGAAUGGGUUGAGGGCCGUCUCCAAAGGCUUGAAGACUCAACCGCAGAAAGGAUUGAUAGCCGAAUUCAAGAGUUUGAAGACUCCGCGGUUCAGUCAUUCAAGGAGAGAUCCCAAAGAAUCGUUGGCUCGGCACUCAAGUUCGCCGACACCACAAGGUAUCUCUUGAACAGAAAUCAGGAACGGAUCUCAGAACUGGACGAAGACCUACAGGAAGAGGCAGCUCUGCGCGGUAAAUAUUUUAAGCGAACCGUAAUUUUGGAGGAUUUGACCUCCGAGUUAAAGGGAAACUUCGACCGGCUCGAAAGAGAGACCGAUCAACGAUUGACAACGAUGGUUGAUGACCUGGUCGGCACAACACUCGGACGAGUCUCCGAACUCGAGAAGAAAAAUGUGAGUCUCGAGGCCGAACUAAAGGCGCUUUCCGAACAGGUUGCCGAAUUGCUGAGGGAUGCGCUGGACGCCGAAGCGGGAAAAGAGAAGGAGGCACCGCGAUCUUCCCAACUUACCGAAGAAGAAGAGGAAGCCGAACGGAUUCGAAGGUCAGAGGCCAUGUUCCCAGGACUUGCUAAGAAAGUAGCCGCUCAAGCUGCGAAGGAUGCUGAGCGGUUGGAAAGGGAAACACGGAGGCUGGAAGGCUUCGCAACCGACAACAAGAAGAAAAAGGCGGCCUCUUCUACUACAGCGCCGAAAAAGCGAAAGAGGGAAGCCCCAAAGAAAGCUCAAAUAGCCGACCUGCUCAAUGAGGUCACUGAAACGGUCAUCACGAGUACAUCGCAGCAGGCUACUCCAGUCGAAGAGGAUGAAAUUGAAGAACACCUGCAGGCCCGCAUGUUUCUCUUUGGUGCUUACGAACUUUACAACGAUCUGUCGGUUCUCGACACAUUCACGGAUGAAGUGGAACUGAGUUUUGAUGUGUUUGUUGCAUCCAUGAAAAGGUUACCAGCCUCGACUCACAUAUUCUUCAUUAAUGUUAUUGUGGACUUGUUGUCGACAUAA